AUGGCGUGCCACUUGACUCCCUCUCUCAUCCUCCUUCUCUCCCUCCUUACUCUCUCCUCACCACACCUCGAUAACGGCGGCGGAGAAUGGGGUCUCCUCCAUCGAUCAGUGGGCAUCUCCGCCAUGCACAUGCAGCUCCUACACAACGACAAAGUGAUCAUCUUCGACCGCACCGACUUCGGCCCCUCCCAACUGACCCUCCCCUUCGGCAAAUGCCGCCACAACGACGAAGUCAUUUCCGAGGACUGCACCGCCCACUCCAUCCUCUACGACGUCGCUUCCAACACCUACCGCCCCCUCAUGGUCCUCACCGACGUCUGGUGCUCCUCCGGCGCCCUCAGCCCCGACGGCUCCCUCAUCCAGACCGGCGGCUUCCACGGCGGCGACCACAAGGUCCGCACCUUCACCCCCUGCGACGACGAGCUCUGCGACUGGAUCGAGCUCCCCCAGAACCUCUCCGUCCAGCGCUGGUACUCCUCCGACAGCAUUCUCCCCGACGGCCGCCUGAUCGUCGUCGGCGGCAGAAAGGCCUUCAGCUACGAGUUCUUCCCCAAGAACCCUCAAGAUUCCGUUUUCUACUUCCGUUUCUUGGUCGAGACCACCGAUUUCAAGGAGGAGAACAAUCUCUACCCCUUCCUGCAUCUCCUCCCCGACGGUAACCUCUUCGUCUUCGCCAAUCAGCGCUCCGUUUUGCUGGAUUACAAAAUCAACAAGGUUCUACGGCAUUUCCCGCCGAUUCCGGGAGAGAAGAGGAGCUAUCCGGCGACCGGAUCGUCGGCGAUGCUUCCGAUCAGGCUGAGCCCGCAGAUCUCCGCCGUGGAGGUCAUGGUGUGCGGCGGCGCGAUGGGCGGCGCCUACACGAAGGCCGCGGAGGGGAUCUACGUGGCAGCUUCGAGGACGUGUGGCCGCUUACGUGUCACGGAUCCGGAUCCGGAAUGGAGAAUGGAGUUCAUGCCCAUGGGUCGGGUCAUGCCCGAUAUGAUCGUUUUACCAACCGCUGACGUCAUCAUUCUCAACGGAGCCGGAAAGGGAACCGCCGGGUGGGACUCGGCGGUUGACCCGGUUUUGCACCCGCUUCUCUACCGCACGAACGAGCCCGACGCGAGGAAGAGAUUCAGUGUGCUGAAUCCCACCACAAUACCGAGGCUGUACCACUCAGCAGCCACGUUGCUGCCAGAUGGCAGGAUUUUAGUGGGGGGAAGCAACCCGCACGUGCUGUACAAGUUCACAGGCGUAAGGUACCCCACGGAGCUCAGCCUGGAAGCCUUUUCGCCACCCUACUUGGGAUCGGCGCGCACGCAUCUCCGCCCUUCGAUUCUGUCGGUGGAGGGCUCCGCAGAUGGGUUGACCAUAUCCUACGGCCAGAGAUUCUCCGUGACGUUCAGUUUGAUGGUGGAGCCUGAGGGGGAGUUCACGGUAACAAUGGUUGCACCCGCCUUCAACACACACUCCUUCGCCAUGAAUCAAAGGCUGCUGGUGUUGUACGUUGCCGAUGUACAACAGGUGUAUUCUCUCACGCACCGGGUUAUUGUGCAUGCGCCUCCGACUGCUAACGUUGCACCCCCGGGGUAUUAUAUGGUGUUUGUGGUGCAUCACGGAGUCCCUAGCCAUUCUGUUUGGAUUAGAAUUAAAUAGUUAUGCUCCAUAGCAAAUUCAUUCCACGCAUGGAUUCUUCAUUUUCAAAUUGCUUGAUAAAUAAUUCAUUCAACGAAAUUAUGAAUAUUAUGUAAGUUAACUUCCUGUUGUUGUUAAUUGUUUCAUAUGAUCAAUUUAUCUGAUC